AUGAGUAACUUUCAAGUGGCCGACAUUGAACAAAAACAACUUGAACGGCAGGAACUAAACGCUCUACGGAAAAACACGCGUCAACAGCCUUCCAAAGGCACUUGUCGAAAUUGUGGCGGAGAAUGGCCACACGAGAAGGGCAAUUGUCCUGCUCGUGGCAAAGAAUGCAGAAAGUGUGGCAAGAUAAAUCACUUCGCCAGACAAUGUCGCUCGUCGAAACCCGACAACGAAGUACCGAAUCAUUAUCCAGAGAAUAAUCGCCGGGGCAACAAGAUCCGACCGGUUGUUGGCCCUCCGGAUAAUCAAAGUGAAUCCAGUUCAAGUGAUGAGUCCAGCUAUUGUUAUGCGGUCAAGACAACAGCUAAAAAUAACCCCACUACUAAGGUCAUAAUAAACAAACAUCAUGUGAAAUUCACCGUAGACACAGGAUCCACUAUUAAUGUCAUCAACCAGUCUACCCUCAAACAACUGGGACCAAUCACACUUCGCAAGACCCAUAUCAAGGCUUAUACCAGUCAAAAUGAAAGGCAAGUUUCAAACCACUGUCGAAUCGCGGAAGAGGAUCACUGUGGCAACCAUUUAUGUGACAGAAGCUGACGGGGGAUGUCUCCUUAGUGCAAAUACGGCCGAAGACUUGGGGCUUAUCACACUACAUUUGAACCAAGUUAAAACUACAAAACCCAACAGCAAAGCAGCACAACAAGUGAAUAUUCCAGACAAAGGUGUACAGCAUAUUGUAAACAAUCAUUCCAGUGUUUUUCAAGGACAAGGCAAAUUACAAAACAAACAAAUCGAGCUAAUUAUCGACGAAACCGUGAAGCCAGUGGCUCAAAAACAACGUCGAAUACCAUUUAACUUGCGCGAAAAAGUAGAACGUGAACUGUCCAAAUUAGAACAUGAUGAUAUCAUUGAACCGGUACCCGACACCGAAGAAACAGACUGGAUUUCUCCUCUGGUUAUUGUUCCUAAGAAAGACGAUAAUAUACGGUUAUGUGUUGAUAUGCGAGCAGCGAACAAUGGAAUCGAACGUGUUCGACACCCAAUUCCAACCGUCAAGGAUGUUUCGUUGGAACUAAACGAUGCUAAGUUUUUCACAAAACUGGACUUGACGCAAGCGUACCAUCAGCUAGAAUUAUCUCCAAGUAGUAGACACAUCACAACAUUUGCCACACAUAAUGGUAUAUAUAGAUUCAAGCGACUUAAUUACGGAACUAACUCGGCGGCAGAGAUAUUUCAACAUACGUUACAGCAAGUAUUACAAGGCAUCAAGGGCGUACGGAAUAUCGCAGACGACAUUCUUAUAUUUGGAAGCACUUAUGAAGAGCAUAACACAUCUUUGGAAGAAUGCCUACAACGAUUGGAGGCCAAUGGACUAACCUUGAAUUUGGGUAAGUGCUUGUUUUUGAAACAGAACCUUGAUUUUUUUGGUCUGGUGUUUUCUAAGGACGGUGUUAGUCCAGACCCAAAGCAAAUAUCAGCCCUUGCGAACAGUACCACUCCAACAACCCCAAGUGAAGUCCGUAGCUUACUUGGGAUGGCAAACUUUAGUGCACAAUUUAUGCCUAAUUUUGCCACCAUCACAGAACCACUUCGUAUGCUUACACACAAAAACAUCCCAUUUACAUGGGGGGACGAACAAGAGAAUGCAUACCAAACACUAAAAACUGCCUUGAUAAGUAAACCUGUGAUGAGCUAUUUUGAUCCGGGCAAAGAAACUGUCAUAUUAGUUGAUUGGCGUCCAGUGGGACUAUGUGCAAUUCUAGCGCAAAGAGCCAAAUGUUCCACAAAAACACACACAAUCUCCUAUGGUAGUCGAGCACUCACAUCAACUGAGAAACGCUAUUCUCAGACCGAGAAGGAAGCUCUUGCGAUUGUUUGGGGGUAUAGAGCACUUCCAUCUGUACCUGUAUGGGGCCCCAUUUACACUAUACACAGAUCACAAACCGCUUGA